AAAAACUUCUAAAUACAAGAACAACCACCCGGCACAGUUCAAACCAAGGUUUCUCUACCCGUCCUCCGCCGCUUCUUGCAUCCGGCUCAGGAUUUCGAACGGCCUCCAAAUCUCUCUCCAGCUUGCCCUUCCCGAGACUUCCCUCCCGAUCUGGCCGCCGUACCUGCGUCCGUAGCCCCACGUCUCCGCCUCUCCGGCACUCUGCUUGAGAACCCCAGUUGGUCCCAAUUGGCGAGAAACACCGGAUCGAAUUGGCUGCCGGGGCCGGAGGUCUUGCAGGAUUCGAUUCUUGGCGGCUGGUCGGCUGCUUGAACGCUUGACGGCGCUUGGCGAGCUGGCUUUCUCCCGGUGGGAAAGAUAAUUUGGAGGCGGGAUGGGGCCAGAAAUGAUAGAGCAUUAUGGAGGGUAGGAAGAGGAGGGGAAGAUUCAGGAAUUCUCUCAGGCGGAUGGCGAUGGAGUGUCUGUGCUCCGGUGAGCAGCUGAAGGGGGCUGAUGAGACUGUCAGGUCGUCUGAUUCUACAAUCACAAAAGAUUUCUCGGCCAGCGGGUACUCUUCUAGGAAUGGAGAAAUUGAACAGUACCUUGAUAAUGGCAACAUAGAGGAAGCUGAGUUGUCACUCCGGGAGGGCAUAUGCCUAAAUUAUGAGGAAGCAAGGGCAUUGCUAGGAAGGCUAGAAUAUCAACGGGGUCAUGUCGAAGCAGCACUCCGUGUCUUUGAUGGAAUAGACAUAUCUGCAUUAGUCCCUAAGAUGAAAAUCUCAAUUGCUAGAAAAGCUGAUCGUCGAAAGACCCAUUCGCAGUGGGAUUCUCCACCAAUGCCCUUGCAUGCUGUCAGCCUUCACAUGGAGGCGAUAUAUCUCAAAGCAAAAGCGCUUCGUGAUCUUGGAAAAUACAAAGAAGCUGCACAAGAAUGUAGAAUGAUAUUGGAUAUUGUGGAAGCAGCAAUACCUGAGGGUUUGCCACCAGGCUUUGGAAAAGGUUGUAAAUUGAAUGAAAUAAUAUGCAAGGCCGUAGAGUUGCUCCCUGAGCUGUGGAAAUCAGGGGGCUUUUCACUUGAAGCCAUUUCUUCAUAUAGGAGGUCGCUUCUCAAUAAUUGGAACCUUGAUGGAGAGACUGUAGCAAGGAUACAAAAGAAAUUUGCUGUUUUUCUCCUAUAUAGUGGUUGCGAAGCACGCCCUCCAAAUCUCCAUUCUCAGUUGGAUGGUUCAUUUGUACCUCGCAACAAUAUGGAAGAGGCUAUUCUUCUUUUGAUGAUUCUAUUGAGGAAGUUCAAUCUCAAGAGGAUUGAGCGGGAUCCCUCUGUGAUGCACCACCUUACUUUUGCACUGGCCAUGUCAGGGCAGCUAAUUCCACUGGCUGGACAAUUUGAAGAACUGUUACCUGGAGUGUUAGAUAAAAGAGAGUGGUUAUAUAAUGUUGCAUUGUGUUACUUAGCAGAAGAAGAUGAUCUGAGUGCCCUGAAUCUUCUCAAACAAAUUUUGAGGGCUGGAGAGGAUUCUGAUCAUCUCAAAGAACUUCUCCUAGCUUCAAAGGCUUGUGUUGAGAUGAGUUCUCAUACUGAAGGUCCUUCCUAUGCACGGAGAGCCAUUGCCAAUAUGCAGGGAGGAUGCGAACAAAUGGCCGGAGUUGCAGAGUUGUUGCUUGGUGUUACGCUUUCUAAUCAAGCUAGAAGUGCAAUAUCUGAAACAGAUAGAACUGCUUGGCAGUGUGAAGCACUGGAAGUGCUUGGGAACGCUGACAAAAAGAUGCAUGGGAAAGAUUCUAGGGCAUUGUACAGUCUGAGCCUUGUAAAUGCUGAGCAGAGGAAAUUAGAACCUGCUUCUUUUUAUGCAAAGAAGCUGGUGAAACUUGAGGCUGGAUCAGAGCUGAGGAGUUGGCUUCUUUUGGCUCGAAUACUGAGUGCUCAGAAGCAGUUCGCCGAUGCUGAAACAAUUGUUGAUGCUGCUCUAGACCAGACUGGCAAAUGGAGUCAAGGAGAUCUCUUGCGAACCAAAGCCAGAAUUCAGGCUGCGCAGGGGCAAUUCAGAGUUGCAGUCGAGACAUACACCGAACUUCUAGCUAUCAUUCAACUUAGAACAAAAAGUUUAGCUGCUGGGAUUUACUCGGCAAAGGGCAACAAGGAUGAUAAAGGCUUGGAAAUAGAGACCUGGUAUGAUCUAUCUCUCUUGUACCUAGGUAUGGCACAAUGGAGGGAUGCAGAGAUUUGUGUAUUGAAGAUAAGAUCCAUCAGUCCUUAUUCUGCAUUGGCAUGGCAUGCUACAGGAAAAAUAUAUGAAGCAAAAGGUCUUACAAAAGAAGCUUUGGGAGCUUUUUUCAGAGCAUUAGACCUUGAUCCUAAACAUGUCCCAAGUUUGAUAUCGAUUGCCACUGUUCUACGGCAACUUGGUGACAAGCCGUUGUCUUCUGUACGGUGCUUCCUGACUGAUGCAUUGCAACUGGAUAGAACUAAUCAUGUUGCAUGGUUCAAUCUUGGCCUGCUUUACAAAGAGGAAGGUAGCAGAUCAGCAGUUGAAGCUGCUGAAUGCUUUCAAGCUUCUGCUUUUCUUGAAGAAACAGAACCUGUAGAGCCUUUCAGAUGACAGAUAUAUGUACAGGGGCUACAGAUUUAAGCUGCUGUAUGUAUUUUUUUAUAUAUUUUUCCUAUACUGGUAAAAUAGUGGAUUACAGAGUCCCAGGAACGAUCUUCAGGAGUUCAUAGCAUUAGAAACUGUUGGAAAAGUUUUUUUUAACAAUUCAAUCUAUAGUUCCAAUUUGUUUCUAUGUAGUGAUGCUCUUCAACCGUUGAGUAGGAACAGUGCUUACUGCAAUAUACAGAUAAACCAGGGACCAGUACGGAGUGUUAGUGUAUCUUGAGCAAAAUUAUUUCACAUACAAGUAUCAGACUACACUGUUUAUUUAUUGAGAAAUUUAAAAGGAUAAAAUAUGUUCUGGGGUCCUUCAGAGUUCAGUUCAGUAUCUCAACCAUAACCUUUCUUGCAUAUCAAUAAUAUAUUAUAAGUUAUUGAUGGUUUGUCUAUUUCCUGACAUCUUCUGUUAAAAAACUGAACCUACUUAACCUUUGUGACUUGACAUGAUGUGCCAAAUAGUUCAAAGUUUACAUUGCACAUACUCUGUCACAAAUAGAAAUCUAUACAUACUAUUGUGAUAAUACUGUAUUGAUUUCUCUUGAGGCCUUCCUCUCCUCCAUGGAAGGCCCUUUAUUGCUAUCCGCUUGUCAUGUUGCUGCUUAGCUAGUUGCAUCAAUAAAUGUGGUAGAUAUUUGUCUUUGUUCAGCACUAAUGAGGUGGUAUGCCAGCAACUGAAAUUUAAUUAUGUCACUAUCUUCUCGUCUGGUUUUGCCCAAGUCUGAACUCUGAAGGACAAUUGCUGGUAUGUGUUCUUUUCAACCAAUCAAGGAUUAGCUAGUUGCUUUUCAAUGAUGAAAUCAAGGAUUCUUGCUCAUGUUUGUCUGUCCAGCAAGGGACCUAUAUGUCCAUGCCUUUAUCUUUAUAGUUCUUUGUACUGAAUUUUUUAGGAUUAUCCAUGCAGAUGUUUAGAUAUACAGUGAAGUGUUAAAUACUGUUGUCUAAAAAAAUCGUUAUUCAUUUAGCACUGGUUUGAAAAACUUUUGCCUACUUUACAUUAAAUUAGUUUGACCACAAGAUCUGAAAUAUUUGAUCCUCCCAUUAAUUUUAGCCCUGAUUCAUCAUAUGACUUAGUUUUGGCAUUCUCUGUUGUUUCCGAUUUAGUGUGUUAUAACAAUAAAACCUGUGUUUUAACAUAAGUUGUUUGGCUGUACAGGUGAACAUCUGGAAAGCUCCACCAUGGAGAUCUUGAGUUGUAACUAUCGAACAAGGAGCCAUAGGUAGGAUGCAAAUUGGUGGUUCUCAAUGCGAUUUUCAAGAUCAUUACAGUUUUCUUGGGCAUCCUCUAUGCAAAUCAGAAGGCAGAUAACCUUAUGGUGUGCACCACUGUAGAGCUAAACCAUUUCCAGAUGCCCCCCCCCCCCCCCCCCCCCCGCCGUUUUGUUGUUUGGGUGAGGGCUAAUAAUGUCCACCCAAAUAGCAGACAUAUGCUUGAGAGCCCAAUUUCCAUUGGGCAGCAAGUUUUCUGUUCCAUAUCUGUUCCCUAAUCCCUAUUCAGUGGUGCUAAUAUGAGUUGUGUACUAUGUGUCCAAUGUUUGUGCCAAAUUCUAAUGCAGAGGAUCGGCAAAAUUAUAGUGGUAGUAAAUCUAAUGCUUACCAUCGUUGGGUUAUAAUGUUGUAGGCAUGUACAAUUUGGAUGUUUGUCGAUGCUUGGUGUUGGUAGGCUGAUAGCUCUGAUUCUAUGGUUUGGUUUAAUUACGGUUAUGAGGCAGGAGUAAUUGUUGGCAAAGGCAAGCCAUUCAAAUUAA